ACCUGCGUCCUCAUGGAUCUUAGUCGUGUCCUGAGCCACGACAGGAACUCCUGCUCUUCUUUUUAAAUAAUGUAUUUUACCUGAUUUUUCUACAAUGAUUAUACAUUGAGUAAAAAAAACCCGAUAUUAAAAUUUAAAAUAAGCAAAUUCCCUCAGAAAGCUGCAUUAAGCUUUUUCUAAUUUACCUUCCCAUUCAAAUCCCUAGCCCUACCAGAUAUCUCAAUAGCAAGAAGAAAUUUGAAUUACUGCCAUUCUCAAGGGCAGAAAGGGAUUUAAUUUUCUCUGGAAUUAAGUGGACUUGAGAAAGUGUAGGUAUUUGGGUAGAUGUGAGGUCUCCCAGGCAGUGCUGUGACCUGGGUGUCAGUUAUUCUCCUCUCCACUAGGGGCGCUGUCAGCACAGAGGUACUGCCUCCCUGCCCCACAGCACUGCUUGUACCCUAAGGACGGAUGAUUGUGCAGAAGGCUGUGAUGUCAGUACCGUUGGUGUUGAGUGGUGAACUUCCUCUCACCUCAGCAUUAUUAUCACCCCCCAGAGAAAUGUAUUCCAUGACCUCCUUCAAUAAACUCAUAAUCAUUUGUGGGCUUCACGUUCCCUGUAGUUUGUUCACCAUCCUCUCUGCCUUAUACUCGGCUGGUUGUUACCCAAUACCUAGAACUCUGUCUUCUGAGGUGCAUUACACUCCAGUGGAGUAAUAGGUAAAGGAAGCUGAUGAGCUAAUUCACAUUAAAAUAUAAAUGGCUGGUGUUCCUUGUGCUGCAGCACAUUAACUAUCUGGCAUUGUCACUGCUGUGGCUCAGGUCAUUGCUGUGGCGUAGGUUUGAUCCCUGACCUGGGAACUUCCACAUGCCACAGGUAAGGCCAAAAAUAACUUUUUUUUAAAAUGGCCAACACUAGUUUACUGGAGUUACUCCUCUCAAUACCACCUGCAUUUUAGGGUUUACACCUUAAUCCUUUGAAUCAGUUAGGGACAGAUUAUGGGAAUAUGGAUUUCUUAUGGAUAUUAGACCACACACAUUUGCAGUGAAGAAGACCAUGGAAAGCUGUUGCAUCUCUGUGGUGUGGUGGUCUGGAGGUCAUUUCAGCGCAGGGUGGCAGCGAUCAAGAGGAAGCAUCCUACAUUAAGUUUGAGAAGAGGAAAGACAAACCAGAACCUAUGAAGACAGAAUGGAGCCUGUAUGUUCCUCUCAUCACCUCCUAUGUCAGUGGCAGGUGGCCUGCAGAAGAAGCUGGUGCCCUUCCCACUAAGAGAAGCUGGGAGAGCUAUAGGCCUGGCUGCCCACGCAAAGCUGAGCCAGCAGAUCAGUAGCCAAAUGCAUGAGCUACAGUGGUGCCUGGUACCCUACACCUUCAGAAUGUCUUGGAUUGCUGCUUCACUUCCACCUUUAGAUUCUCAUGUAACAUUCUCUUGGAGCCAACCCAAUCUGGAACCAUACAGGGAGGUAAUGCCAGGAAACAUGACUCAAGCUUAUUCAGGUUGAUGUGGUACAAAAUGACCAGUUCCUUAAUAUCAAAAGGUAGCUUUUCAGAUCCAUUUAUUGGCUGGUGGAGAUGUUGAAGUGGGGGAAUAAAGGCGUGAAUGUGAAAAGAUGAGGGGAGGAGAGGGAGAGAGCUUUCUUGAGGAUCCUCAGAAUGUGUCUAUAAAAGAAGACUAGAAAAGCCAGAGAAGUGUGAAAUAUGUACUACAUGCUCAUAUAUCCAAAUGUUUUUAAUUAUAUGUAUCCAGAGAGAAAACCUUGAAUGGGGCCAAAGUUAUGGCUGAGAAGUACUGAAGGACACCCGAGGAUGUGUGAGUGCCCAGGCUUCCUCUGGAUACCACAGCAAAUCCCUAAUCCCAUCCCAUGCUCCUCUCUCCUGAGUGGGGGGCAGUAUCAGCAGAAGAGAGCCAUGGGAGAGAGAGACAAGUGUGACCAAAAGCACCCCAAGGGCCUGAGAGGGAGCCCCUAAAGGCACAUUCAUCAGCUUUCUUCUUUGGCAGAAGCCAAUGUCCCAGAAUGGAACGGAACAAUGAUGUUUAUGCCACCAAAGUCGUAGGCUUGUUUGAAGAAACAUUUCCUCUCUGUGGGGGAGCAGUGGGUGGCAUGAAAUGAUAAAAGUUGGUGGAAGGCAAUUCUCUUCAAAGUCUAGACCUUGAAGUGGCCCCAGAAAGUACUUGAGUUUUCCUCUUCUCGCCUUCAUCGGACAGAUUUGUAGGUCAAUGGGAACCUUUAUCGGUCAUGUGUACCCAGGGCUGUUUCUUCUCUCAUAUGGUUUGUAUCAAGCAGGAGUGGUCUCCAAGGCUGUGAUAUUCAAUGACUCUCUCCUGUAUCCUUCAUCCCCUCCCAGGAGUAAGGGGAGAUGGGCCAGGCUGUGGAAAAUAUCCUACGGAGGACUGCUGAAGAUGCUGGCUGGCUCCCUCCUGAUAGCCUAUGAGAUCAGCUGUGUUAAGGGGGGGCUGAUGCUGAUGAACAGAGAGCUCCCACCACGAUUUAUGUACGCCAAACAGUGGCAGCACCUCACCAUGUUCAUCCUCCUCGCCCUCAACGGCUGUGUAGACGGUGUGAGCAAGAACUUCCUGCCUCAGCGCUGCGUGCUCCUAGAAAAAGGGACCCUCGUGCUGACCUUCUACGUGCUCCUGCUGCUGCUGGUGUCACAUGUCCAGGACUCGUCGGGGGUGGAGCUGCAGGUUCACGCUCUGCUCAUCUUGGUGGUGUUCCUGCUGAUGCUGCUGUUCACCAUAGAGCUGUGGGCUCCUGACACGUUUCAACUCUUGGUGAUCAAGUCCUUUCUGUUUCAGAUGAUGGGCUCAUGGCUGAUACAAGCAGGCUUCAUUCUCUACAAACCAGUCAGUGGCUACCCAUGGCUGGACAAUGACAUCAGUGACAUCAUGUUUGUCACCACCUUCUUCUGCUGGCAUGUGAUGAUCAAUGCCUUGUGCCUGCUGGGAAUCUAUGGCAUCUCUGCCUUUUGGCAUCAUUGUUACCGUCCCAGCUGGAAGCUGACGGGGUCCAGGGAAGCUUCAUGUUACACGAGCACUGUGGGACCCCUCUACAAAUUGCUGCAGGAAGUGGAGCAGUCAGAGAAAGAUGACCAGGCUCUUCUCCUUUCAAAGAGCUCACCCUGAGAAUGACUCUGGAAUGCCUGGUCCACUGUCCACCCCACCUGCCUCCUUGUGGGUUCUCUCAGACACGUAUAUUGUACUCUCUUUGGUCCCCAGUGAAAGUCAUGGCCAUGAAGGAGAGCCACUCAUCUCCACCUGCUGGUGCAUCUCCUGUCCCUGAACCUCUAAUUGCUGAGGAGAUGAGGAGAUGCUGAUGGGACUGCCUGGGUCGGGGAAGAAGGAAGGAAGAGGAUCAGGGGAUAGGCGAGUGUGCAAGGAGAGCCAUGGGGGGAGAGAAUGCAAUAGAAGCUGGGGGGGGGGUCUUCAAAAGAGAAGAAAGUCCAGCAGUCUCCGGGCACAAGUGACUGCCUUUUACCUGAUGGAAUACUAAUUUCUCACAACUCAAAACUGGAAUCAUUCAAGUCUUAUCCUGACUGAGAAGAGUGGGUACUUCUGUUCGCUUAGCAAAGUGGUGCCACCAUGUGGAAGGAGCAGAAACAGAAUUUAUAACUUCUACUGAUUGAAAUUACACUCUUUGGUCAACCUUUCCCACUCGAAUUUUUUUUUGGGGGGUAUAGUUAUGUCAUGUAGAAGUUCCCAAGAUAGGGGUCAAACUGGAGCCACGUACACUACAGCCACAGCAACACCAGAUCCAAGCCUCAUCUGCAACCUACACCACAGCUCACAGCAAUGCCAGAUCCUUAACCCACAGACCAGGGCUAGGGAUGGAACCUGCAUCCUCAUGGAUAGUAGUUGGGUUUGUAGCCCGCUGAGCCAAACGGUAACUCCCCUCUGGAAAUUUUUAAAGAUCGGCUUCAUUUCAAAUUCGAAUUAAUAAAGUGGAAGUGUAUUAAUGUUUUACAACAGUAAUAAUUCAAAUUUGCAGGUUUUAAAUCUUUAUAGAAUUCACAGGCUCAAGACCUCUCCAGCUUCACUAUAUUGCUCAUUUCUAAUCAAAGCUUACCAUCAAAACCACUGCAUAGAGAAUUUACUAGAUCCCAUUCUUGGGUCUUUGCAAAUUUCACUGCCUUGCAUCUCAUAGAAAGCCACCCCACAAUCCCAUUUUUUGCCAUGUUAUUUGGUACCCAGCAUAAAGCCCACCUUCACCUCAACCCCAUUAAGCACCCCCAAGGAGGCCUCCAAGAACUCGCUGAUUUCAUUGUUCUAGAACGCUGAGACACUCAUACUACAGCUGCUUUGUUAAUUUUCUCAUACAGCUGACACACUUUGCUUUGUCCUUUUCCUGAAAUCAUUUUGCCUGGGGAGGUUUUUCCUCACCACCAAGUGUAGACUCCUUAAGAGGUAAGGACUUUGCUAUAUACAAGUUACAUAACUUCCUAUGCACGCACCAAAUAUGUAGCAUAGGUGAUGAUUAAUAAAGACUUAUUUGCUUUCAGAAUCUCCGCCUACCUUUUCCUUCAAAAGGUGUUGCUGGACAGGCCCAAGGUCUGGGAACCUCUGGAAGACACCAACAGUCCUAAGGUUUGAGUCACCUCCUGAGCAAUGGGCCCACUCUCUUCCUCGUUCUUGGGAUAACAAAAUCCACUAACCUGUUUCUGAAGUAUUUACUCUGUUAUUAUAUUUUAAUCCUCAUGUGUAUCUAUAAGGAACCUUCAGAAAGCUGAAACUCAGCAGAUUAACUUAUCCAAGUCUCGGUACAAGGCAAGAUAGGAAUUCAAGUGCAGGUGUGUCUGCCUCAAGCCCCUGAGACUGUGUCCUCCAGGCCACAGUGACUUUGCUGACGGCAAAGGAGAAGGGAGGGAUCCUCGAAAUGAAACUGUUGAAAGAAAGAAAGAAAGGAGUUGUUCCCUGGGGGUGCCGCAGAUUAAGGAUUCGGCCUUGACACUGCUGUGGCUUGAGUCGCUGCUGUGGUAAGGGUUCAAUCCCUGGCCCAGGAACUCCUGCAUGCUGUGGGUACAGCGGAAGGAAGGAAGGAAGGAAGGAAGGAAGGAAGGUCAGCCAGAAGACCUGACUGGAGCAACUGGCAGAAAUGCAAAUACUCUAGACAAAAUGGAAGGCUGUGUUUAUUGUACUUUCUGUUCACGACCACCCUGCAAGUCAGAGUCUGGUGGACUCUGGCUGGGUCUUAAAUAUCUGAGCUCAGAUCUUAGUGAGGCUGAAGAUAAGAAUUAGUUGUAACCAAGUUUUCUGAUCCUGCUGUUUCCCCUUAACUCUUGGUUCUUAGAUUCUUUUCAGUUUACCUUCCUUGGGGGACCUCCUUUUCUCUUUACCUCUCACACACACCGAUGGGAGAUGGUGAAAAAGCACAGAUGCUGCUAGCUGCCCAUUUCUAGUCAUUUGAGGCCUAAUUUUAUAAUGAUAAACAAACCUCAAGUAAUCAAUUGAUAUCCCCAACAUAAUAUCUCUUAAAUAUCUAGUGUAGGCAAUAAACUUGCAUGUUGUAUUAAUUUUCUAUAGUAUUUGAGAUGAAAGAGACAUCCUCCCCUUGAAGGCCAGCCAAGAAAAGACUUCCACCUCUUAGGCUUGGUGGGGAGAGAUGUAAUUCUCACAACAUUCCACCAGAGGGCACUACAUCCACACCACCCCACUACAUCCACACCACCCAGCCAAGCCUCUCUCUAACCCAGUAAACAAGUCUCCCAAGAAUCAGUUCAAACGAUGUGGGGGAGGGGAAAGGAGGUCAGGAAAAAUACAGAACCAAGUUUAAGUAUUGCCCAAGCAUCCAGAAAACGUACCCCAGGGCUAUUUGUUUCCCAUUAACAUUUGGCCUGUGAAACAAACAGGGAUUCAAAUUAACUAAUGGGAUUGGGGGUGAAGGAGGAAGGACUGUGGAUCCAGCUGAUCUUCAGGAAAAGUACCAAUUAAAGGACACACUCUGAUCCAAGUAAUUUUUUGACCACAAUGCUAAAUUUCCUAAACUUUUAAAUAAGCUUCCAUAGUGUUCCAAUCAAUCUAGGGAACAAAGGUAAAUCCAUAUGUACAGUGAGAAUAAGAACAAAAUUUAUCUGUGAAAAUCCCACAUUCACAAAACAGUGAAAUAGUUUCUUAAAUAUGCAAAAUGAUUUCCAAAGUUUCCUUUAAAGAGAACCAAUCAUACGACAUUUUUUUUUUUUUCCUGGUAAUCCAGUUGUUCACUGAAAACAGAUUUAAUAUAUCACUUAUGUAAGGCACUGGGUACGCCACAAGACGGGAUUCAGAGGUAAACUGAUUGGUCCUUGUCUCCAGUACCUUCCUUAGUGGGGACAGUAGGGAUUUCAGAGUUUAGAUGUGGUGACCCAUAAACACAUUACCCACAGCCUGAGAAGGCCGAAGGAAGGGAAAACAGAAAAAGGCUCUCAAGGAAGUUCCACCUUCGAAGCAUUUCGGCUGUGAAAUAUUGCACUAAGAUGAUUCCAGCAAGCUACUGCAAGUGAGCGAGGCCUCAGCUUCCCCAUUGUUAAGUUAGAAUAAUGUAAAGAUGAAUUCUAGAAUUACAUAGCCGAAAUUCUCUCAGUAGGACUUAGAAGUGGCUAGCUAAGAUGAACUUAAUCCUUCCCACCUCUCCAAAAAUUUCCUAUUAGAGGCAAGAUUUGGGAUAUGGCUCAGACUCAAACCUUUAGUCAUAAGGUGCAGGCUGGGCAAUGAAAUGUUCCCUAUUAUUUGAAUGGUUUUAAGCGGUCUUCAACACAACUCAAAUCAGCCUAAAGAAAAAUAGCUAAUACUUGAACUUCUAAUUUCCUAACCUGAGUUUAAGAACAUCAAACCAUCAAAAAGAAUAUAAAGAACAACUCCCUCGGGUUCAGUGUUACGUACUGAACUGAGGUAAAGCCUGGUCUUUCCCUCUUUCAUUACAGAGUAUGCCAUUUGAAAGCUUGGCCAAAUGCAGCUUCUUCCCAAAAUUUGCUUUAAGAGUAAUGACAUCAACUUCCAAGGCUGUUCCUUUUCUUCCUUUUGUUUUAUUUUUGUUUUGCUUUAAGAUUAUACAAUGGUCUAUUCUUCUGGAGAGAAUUGGUGUCGGUGUAUUUUAAAAAAAAGUUUAUAAUUCUGGGUUGGGUUUCCAGGGUGUUCCUCAAGCCUGGAUCUUAGCUAUGUCUCUUUUGCGUGAGUUAAUAAGGAUUUCGUUGAAUGCCUAUUGAAAUCAUUCAAAUGUUGGAAAAACUCCCUUUCCUAAACUGCAUGUUCUAGUUGAAGGUUUAAGUAUGUUUGAG